UUUUGUUUUGAAAAAAAAAAAAAAAAAACUAAGGUGGCUGCAGUAUAAAAAGGUAGGCAUGACGACUGUGGUAUCAUCUUCUUCCAGUUUGCUUCAAGUGCUAGUCUUUCCAACUCAAUUCGAAAUCUCUCAUCAUGAAAUUCUUGGUUCUUUCCCUGCUGUUUGGCGUCGCCAUGUGUGCUGAAAUUGGCAUGAACCAAGCCGGAGACUCUUACAACUUCCACUACGCUGCUGGCGAUGCUGGGGGUCAUCGUCGUGCAGAGAGCGGCCAUGGUAAAACGGUGACCGGUAGCUACAGCUAUGUAGACCCCAACGGCCACUUGAGAACCGUCAGCUACACUGCUGGCCCUGAUGGCUUCAAGCCGUCUGGGGACAUCGGCGUCGACAAGAAGACGGCCGCUGAUGCUGCUGCUAUUGCUGCUCUCGCUCCUAAAGCACCAAUCCCAGCUGCUCCUCCUGCUGCUCCUGUGCAUCACUACUACGCUCCCUAUUAUCAUGGUGCCGGGGCUUGGAUGCAUCAUGAUUUGCCAAACUAUGCUCAUUGGGGAGCCUUCUGGUAAUGAACUAUCAACUGAAACCAGUUCGUACCCGCUCACUCGCACCCGACUGAAACACGCACAUUACAUCGUGGAAGGUUUCGGACGAUCUUUGCUUGGGACAAAAAAGGAAAUCGGUGCUAAAUAUUGCAAUCUCAGCUUUUGUAGUUGAAAGUUCAUGAGCAAUCUUAUGAGCUGCUGUACAUUUUGCUGCGCAAAAAUGAAUAAAAACUGUGUAACUGA